UUACGUUGGGCGCGUUCUACUUCUGCUACGGUCCUUUGCUCGUGUUAAGUCUGCGUACCAAGUUUCAUGGCACCGGUCAAAAGUAAGCACGCCGAUAAUGAACCCUCUGACGACGAAAAUCGCCGUACCAAGACGAAACGGAAGACGUACCGGUACUGCUGUGUGAAGAACUGUCAUAACAACGAGGGACUCGGACACGUGAAACUGCACCGCUUUCCUUCGCAACCGUGGGAUAAGGAACGGCGUAAGAAAUGGAUCUCGGCUGUCAGGCGUGUAAACACAGAUGGCUCAGAAUGGGUACCAAACAGCAGCUCCAGGAUCUGUUCAGAGCAUUUUGUCAAUAAUGCCAAAAGCAACAUCGCAGCCCAUCCUGCGUACCUCCCCACACUCUUUCCAGCAGUGUACAAGAGGAGUUCAGUGAUUCCGCAGGACCAAGCGUCAAGGUUUGACAGAUGGCAUCACAGAGUAGCAAGCAGACAAGCAUCGAGUCUGGGGGGUCCCGCUUCAUCUUUGACUGGAAUCCCAAGCACAAGCAGGGAACGAACUAGCAGCGGCAGCCGAGGUGGGCAUGAGGGCCUGCACCUUUUAUGUACAGCCGUUGAAUUCAGAGAGGAGAGACAACCUUCCGUGGAAGAUCAGACUGAUGACCCGGAGAUUAGUGCAACAGAUGGGAUCCUCCAGGACCAAGCAUCAGGGCUUGACAGCCCAGGCCCAGCUUGGCAUCAAAACUCUAUCGGCACACAGGAUCGGCAGGACGGCCUGCUAGAAAGUGCUGCAGAAUCCAGUGAAACAGCACAGCGUUCAGUGGACCUCAUGGGACACUACUCCGUUUCACCUUACGUCCGGACGCAGCGGACAUAAGGUGAAACGGCCUUGGAUUGGCACCGAUGGCUCGAAG